AUGAGGGUACACAUAGUCUUGCUUCUUUUCUUGAUACCUUUCUGCUUAAUAAAUUCCAUCACCAAUAACAUCUUUGUUGCAAAUGGCUCCUGUCUUAGCCAUCAACGUUCCAUGUUGCUCCAUUUAAAAAACAACCUCAUAUUCAACAUUACAAAAUCCCAAAAGCUGAUUCUUUGGAAUCAAAGUGAUGAUUGUUGCUUAUGGCCUGGUGUUACAUGCAAUGAGGGACAUGUUAUAGCUCUUGACCUUAGUCAUGAGUCUAUCUCAGGAGGACUUGUUCAUUCAAGCACUCUUUUCAGCCUUCAAUAUCUACAGAGCUUGAAUUUGGCUUUUAAUGAGUUGAGUUCUGUGAUUCCUCCAGAGCUUCACAAGCUGAAGAAUUUGAGGUAUCUGAACUUGUCUAUGGCUGGCUUUGAGGGGCAGAUUCCAAAUGAGAUUUCUCGCCUUAAAAGGUUGGUUACUCUUGACUUGUCUUCUUCAUUACUUACCUCACAUCACAGACUUAAACUUGAGAAGCCAAAUAUAGAAGUGCUUGUACAAAACCUUACAGAUAUCAGAGAACUGUAUCUAGAUGGAGUAGCAUUAUCUGCCAAGGGAGAAGAGUGGUGCCAUGCUUUAUCUUCAUUGAAGGAGUUACGUGUUCUGAGCAUGUCAUCAUGCAAUAUGUCUGGACCUAUUGAUUCUUCACUAGCUAAGCUUCGGUCACUCUCAGUUCUAAAAUUGAACGACAACAAUAUGUCAAGCACAGUGCCUGAUUCCUUUGCAAAUUUCUCCAAUUUGGCCAUACUACAGCUCAGAAGUUGUGGCUUAAUUGGUUCUUUUCCAAAGGGUAUCUUCAAAAUACCAACAUUAGAAGUCCUUGACAUAUCAGCCAAUCAAGAUCUUUGUGGUACUUUGCCAAACUUCUCACCACAUGGUUCUCUUUACAAUUUGAACCUCAGCAAUACAAAUUUCUCAGGACACUUACCAGAUUCUAUUUCCAAUCUGAAGCAGUUGUCUACAAUUGAUCUGUCUUACUGCCAAUUCAAUGGAACACUUCCCAGUUCAAUGUCAGAACUCACCCAACUUGUUCAUCUAGACUUGUCUUCUAAUAACUUCACAGGUUCACUUCCUUCUUUCAAUAUGUCCAAGAACCUCUCAUAUCUAUCCCUCUUCCAUAAUCAUUUAAGUGGGGUGUUACCGUCCAGUCAUUUCGAGAGCCUCAUAAAUCUUGUCAGCAUUGAUUUGGGGUUCAAUUUUUUCAGUGGGAGUAUUCCUUCUUCUUUACUCAAACUCCCAUAUUUGCGAGAACUUCAGCUUCCCUAUAAUCAAUUCAAUGGUCUCUUGAGUGAGUUUGACAAUGCAUCUUCCUCAGUAUUAGAGAUGCUUGAUUUAGGCAACAAUAAUUUACAAGGGCCCAUUCCUGUGUCUGUCUUUAACCUUAGAAGACUCCGUGUUAUUCAACUUUGUUCAAACAGGUUCAAUGGCACAAUACAAUUGGACAUGAUUCGAAGGCUAAGUGAUUUAGCUAUACUUGACUUCCAACAUAACAAUUUGUCAGUUGAUAUAAACUUUAGGGAUGAUCAUGACCUUUCACCCUAUCCUAAUUUAAUAAGAGUGAUGUUGUCUUUCUGCAAGCUGAGAGGAAUCCCUAGUUUCUUGAGCAACCAGUCCACAUUACUAUAUCUUGACCUAUCUAACAACCAGAUUGAAGGACCAAUACCUGAAUGGAUUUGGCAAGUUGAAUUUCUUGUUCACUUGAAUCUUUCGAAAAACUUUUUCACAAAAUUGGAGGGAAGUUUCUGGAACUUUAGUUCAAACAUUUUCACCCUUGAUCUUAGUUCUAACCAACUGCAAGGGCCUUUUCCCUUCAUUCCAAGGUAUGCAAAUUAUUUGGACUACUCAAGCAACAGAUUCAGCUCUGUCAUUCCACGAGACAUUGGCAAUCACCUCCCUUCUGCACUUUUGCUGUAUCUUUCAAACAACAGUUUUCAAGGACAAAUCCCAGAAUCUUUCUGCAAUGCUUCAGGUCUUCACCUACUAGAUCUUUCCUACAAUAACUUUGUUGGGAAGAUUCCCAAGUGUUUUGCAACAUUGAGUAGCACUCUUAGGGUGUUAAAUUUGGGUGGAAACAAACUCCAAGGUUAUAUUCCUGAUACUUUUCCAACUUCAUGUGCUCUAAAGUUGUUGGAUCUAAAUGGAAAUCUAUUGGGUGGUACCAUCCCAGAAUCUUUGGGCAAUUGCCAUAAAUUACAAGUCCUAAACCUUGGAAAGAAUAUAUUAAUUGACAGAUUUCCGUGCUUCUUUAGUAACAUUUCCACCAUGAGAAUCAUGGAUUUAAGGUCAAACAAACUCCAUGGUUCUAUUGGAUGUCCAAAUAGCAGUGGUGAUUGGGAGAUGCUACAUAUUGUUGAUCUAGCCUCCAAUAAUUUCAGUGGCUCAAUACCAGGAGCAUUGUUAAACAGUUGGAAAGCUAUGAUGCGUGAUGAUGAUGAAGUUGGACCAGAAUUUGGCCACUUAUUUCUUGAUGUUGUUGAUAACUUCAAUCCUCUGAGUUUUAAGGAUGUAUUGUCACUGUUGAACAAAGAUCUUGGUCGUUAUCAGGAUUCAAUUACUAUUGUCAACAAAGGUCAGCAAAUGAAACUGGUCAAAAUUCAAAAGGCCUUCACUUACAUUGAUAUGUCAAACAACUAUUUUGAGGGGCCAAUACCAAAUGAGUUCAUGCAUUUGAAGGCACUAAAUACUCUUAACUUGUCACAUAAUGCCUUCUUGGGCCAUAUCCCAUCAUCUUUAGGAAAUUUGAAGAAUCUUGAGUCUUUAGACUUGUCAACCAAUUCUUUGAAUGGAGAAAUUCCUAUAGAGCUUGCAAGUCUAUCAUUCCUUUCAUAUCUGAAUCUCUCAUUUAACCAUCUCGUGGGGGAAAUUCCUGAGGGUACUCAAAUUCAAUCAUUUGAUGCAGAUUCCUUUAAAGGGAAUGAAAAGUUAUGUGGACCUCCACUUACCAACAAUUGCAGCAAUGAUGGAGUGAAGGGGUUGUUGCCACCAGCAUCUGAAACACCUCAUUCCCAUUCUAAGAGUUCAAUCAAUUGGAAUUUCUUAAGUGCAGAGUUGGGAUUUACUUUUGGCUUGGGAAUUUUCAUCUUCCCCCUUAUUUUCUUGAAGAGAUGGAGGCUGUGGUAUUCCAAACAGGUAGAUGAGUUGCUUUAUAGGAUCAUCCCUCAUCUUGAUUUUGUGUAUGAAUACCAUGGAGGGAAGAGGUAUAGAAAUCUAAGGUGGAAGCCUUACUGA